AGCUCCACAACAUACAUGGGGACUGAGACAGAUGAGCAUGCUACUGUGUGUGUUGAAGUCUUAAACCCUCCUUCUGGUGGAGCCGUCAGACCAUUCAGCAUCACCAUGUUUCCUAAAGAAGGAAGCGAAGUUUCCAAACAGUACUCAUUGGAGUGCAAUAAAGAGUUGCAGUUUAAGAAGGGCACUCCUGAAAUUUGUCACAAUUACACAAUAGUAACAGAUAAAGUCUGUGAAUUGAUGGAAAACACCACACAGUUUGAAGUCCGUCUUAGUGUGACCUCUACGGAUCGACUAGAUAUUAACUCAUCGCUGUCCAGGGCAACAGUCUCGAUUGAUGAUAGCAGAGAGCCGGAAUGCUUUGUAAAGGUUGAGUAUGAGUUAAGCAGCUAUACUAUAACUGAAAUGGAUGGAUAUACUGAAGUAUGUGUCACUAGUACAACUCCAGGAAUUGACGAAACAUUUACUACAAAUGUCACAUUUUACCAAAUAGCUAACUUAACAGAUUUAAUCAAGCUCAGUGCAGAUAGUUUGAAUUUUUCCGUAAACUUUACUAAUCCGUCUCAGACAGAGUGCUUCAAUAUUUCAAUUGAAUUUGGUAUGGUGAAUAUCUGUGGCUACUUUGACUGCAGUGAAAUUGAAAUUGAGUUAAACUUGGUAGUAUUGGAUGAGACUCCACGUGUACAUGUGAACACACCAGAUCCUACUGUUACUAUUGAACUACCAAGGCAGUGUGAAAUAAUAUUAUGUUCGCAAUCUGACGCAUCAUCAAAUGACAGUGGAGUUACUAUUGCAGCAAUCAUCCUUUCAAUAGUUGUCGUCAUUACACUAGCUGCCAUUGUUGUGGUCAGCAUGCUAUAUUUUAGAAGAAGAAACAACAACAAAAGACUUGAUCUCGAAGAGUAUAGAGGGCAGCUCUCAGUUUCUGAACACAACUAUGUCUCUCUCGGUUCAACCAAGAGAUCUUAUCUGUCCGAGCAACUCAAGCAGCAGUUGAAGAAUAAGAGAUGGUAUUUUCCAAGAGAGAUCUUGAGCUUACCAGUACAGUCGGCCAAGGAGAGUCAGGGCUGGUGUACAAGGGAUAUCUGAACACUGCAUUAGGGAAGGAACUGGUUGCUGUCAAAACUGGAAAAGCACUAUUUUCCAGUGGUGAUAUGGAACGACUAGCUAAAGAGGUGGCUACCAUGUUAUCAUUUGAGCACCCCAAUGUCAUGUCUCUUGUGGGAGUGUGUAUUGAGGAGGAGAUACCCCUACUAAUUAUGCCGUUUAUGUCUAAUGGAUGUGUUUUGGAGUUUGUUAAACACCACAGGGAGGAACUGCUUUGCAUUAAUGCAACAGCACCACAGAUCCAAUCGGCCACGAAAAGUCUUUUAAAUAUAUGUCACCAAAUCACAAAGGGUAUGGAGUAUCUAGCAAUGGAGAAGUUUGUUCAUCGCGAUAUGGCAGCUAGGAACUGCAUGAUUGACCGUGAUGGAGUGAUAAAGGUAGCAGAUUUUGGACUAACUGAGGACAUGUAUGGGACCGCUCCCGAGAGCAUUGAGGAGGACAUCUACAAUGAGGCCACUGAUGUGUGGUCAUUUGGAGUGACGGUGUGGGAGAUCUUCACUUGUGGGAGGAUCCCAUACACCGGUAUUCCAGCCAUGGGUCUCCUGAAGGAACUGCAGAGAGGACAGAGACUGGAGAGACCUGACAAUGAGGCCUGUCUGGAUGAAGUAUAUGAGAUCAUGAUGAGUUGCUGGUCACUGGACUCCCAUGCUCGUCCGCUGUUCAAGGAUUUGGUGGGCAGCUUCAGUGAUCUUCUUGAGAGGGAGUCAGACUACCUGGAUUUGUCUGCUCAGUCUCUCUGCUGGAAGGAGACUGUCUCUCACACCCCUCCACCCUCUUCUCCACCUACUGCUGCUCUUCCUGUCACCCAGGAACAGGGAAUUGCUGCAGCGGAGAACGAGGCUGAAGAUGAAGACUAUCGCAGAUCUGCUCUGCAGAUAGCUGUGAUGGACGGCCAACCAAUAAUGGACAAUUGUGAAUUUCUAUAUAAUCCCGACCAGUCUGAUAUUGACCAUGAUAGAGUUGGAGACAUUUGUGACAAUUGCCCUGAGUUGCCUAACCAAAAUCAGUUAAACUCUGGUGUUGGAAACGCUUGUGAUCCUGAUGACGAUAACGACGGGGUCGACGAUAAAUUAGACAACUGUCAACUGGUGGCUAACCCUGACCAGGGAGACUGUGAUGGUGAUGGUGUUGGAGAUGCUUGUGACAACUGUCGAGGAACCCCAAAUACUAACCAGCCUGACACCGAUGAUGAUGGAAUUGGAGACAUUUGCGACAAUUGCCCUGAGGUGCCUAACCAAAAUCAGUCAAACUCUGAUGUUGAUUUGUUUGGAAACGCUUGUGAUCCUGAUAACGAUAAUGACGGGGUCGACGAUCAAUUUGACAACUGUCAACUGGUGGCUAACCCUGACCAGGGAGACUGUGAUGGUGAUGGUGUUGGAGAUGCCUGUGACAACUGCCGAGGAACCCCAAAUACUAACCAGACUGACGCCGAUGGUGAUAGAGUUGGAAAUGUUUGUGAUCUUGAUGAUGAUAAUGAUGGAAUCUUUGAUGAACGAUUUGACCAGGGUCAAGAUGGUGAUGAUGACUUCUGUAUUGAUAUUGCUGAUCCAGAUGAGGUUGACUCUGACUCAGAUGGUGAUGGGGACUACCGUGACAAUUGCCCACAAGUGCCUAACCCGGACCAGACUAACUCUGAUAGCGAUAGGUUUGGAGACGCCUGCGAUAAUUGUCCAAACCUGCCAAACCCUGGCCAGGUGGACUAUGAUGGUGAUAGGAUUGGGGAUAAGUGUGACCCACAUGUUUCACCUGACAAUGACAAUGACACUGUUUUAAACAACAGAGACAACUGCCCUCAUGUCGGCAAUCCAGAUCAAGCAGAUACAGAUGGCAAUGGUGUGGGUGAUGCUUGUGAAGGCUCUGCAGUUCUAGGAUUAGAGAGUACGUUUGUAAAGGUCAAUGAAGAUGCUGAAGAAGCCCAAUUCUGUCUUGUCAUUGAGCACCCAAUUAAUGAUUGUCCUCUCAGUUUCUCAUUUGUGGUGUACAUCUCUACUAUUAAUGGGACUGCAGGUAUGUAUGAGUUUGUAUCUUACCCAGUAGAGCAUAUAGAAAAGUAG